GGGCUCGAAAAUUACGUUUAUACGUGGUGCACAGUUAUUGAGCGAACGUAACCUACGUUAUUUUUCCUGUACGCACACUAAGGCUUAUUUGCAAUUAAAAGAAAGGCGUUUAUUUUAUAAGUAUUGCAUUGCCUUUUACGCAAACGGACGCCUAAGGGACAUCGUUAGUCAGGCGAUUAACGUUUAGCAUAUUACAUACUGAUCGAGUCGAUUAGGUACACGAAAAAAUUGUUCACUUCAGUGGAAUAGCGCCUUUCGAUCAUUUGACGUUAUUGUAUACCGACUUCUCACAUCGUGGCUGAUAAACACACGGCAUACGUUAACGGUGCAGCUUUAGUUGCAAGCAAGUUUCGACCUGGAAAAAGUGAACUGAACGUACAAUAUUUAGAAAACUAUUCGUACAAUUAUGUCUUCGAAGAAGGAUCAGAAGGAUACUGAUAUACCCAUAAUCAAAGUCAAUAAAUGGGAUGGAUCAGCAGUAAAAAAUGCCCUAGAUGAUGCCGUGAAGAACAUUCUGAUUAAUAAAAAGUAUAAGUACAUAGAAAACUUUGCCUUAUUAGAUGGAAGAUUAGCCUUAUGUGGUAUUGCAGUAAUUGUUGCUGUGAUAGCCCUUGCUUGGGAUUACUUACAUCCUUUUCCUGCAUCUAAGCCUGUACUGAUAGUUUGUGUCUCAAUUUACUUCUUUUUAAUGGCUGUUUUAACUUUGUAUACCACAUACAAAGAAAAGGGAAUUUUCGUCGUCGCUGUUCAAAGGGAUCCUGCUGGAUUUGAUCCGGAUCUGAUUUGGGAGGCUAGUUCUUAUUUGAAGAAGUAUGAUGACAAAUACACUUUAGUUUUAUCAGUGAAAAAUGAGACCACUGGUGUUAUAAAUGAAAAAUCAGUUACAAAGUCGGUAGCCAACUUUAUUGAUGUUAAUGGUAUUGUUAAUCCAGACUUAGUUGAAGCAACUGUAUCUAGAUUACACGAUAGCAUGUCUAGCCAACGAAAAGAUAACUAAUAAAUUUCUUAUUUUUUCAUACAAAAAUA